CCCUGGAGGAGCGGGGAGAAUGCCUUUGCAGCAUAGCAGGCCCGCUCUGCCAGGCCGUUGCUGCCGUGGGAAAGGCCGACAAGCGGAAGUGAAGCUGAACAAGCACUUCCUUUUCCGGCUCGGCGCCCCAGUCUUCGCACAGAAGCUGCAUGGGCCGCCGCUUCCUGCGCGGACUCCUACCUCUGCUGUUGUGGCCUUCACCCUUCGGUGUCCGGCAUUGCAGGCACAGCCUGGAGUCCGUCCAGCCCGCCAAACGACCCCGCAGCAGCCCCAUGGCACCGCCCCGAAUCGGGACGCACAACGGCACCUUCCACUGCGAUGAAGCCCUGGCGUGCGCAUUGCUACGCCUCCUGCCGCAGUACCGGGAUGCAGAGAUUGUGCGAACCCGGGACCCCGAAAAAUUAGCCACUUGUGACAUCGUGGUAGACGUGGGUGGCGAAUAUGACCCUCAGAGACACCGAUAUGACCAUCAUCAGAGGUCUUUCACAGAGACCAUGAGCUCCCUGUCCCCUGGGAAGCCAUGGCAGACCAAGCUGAGCAGUGCGGGACUCAUCUAUCUGCACUUCGGGCACAAGCUGCUGGCCCAGUUGCUGGGCACUAGUGAAGAAGACAGCGUGGUGGGCACCCUCUAUGACAAGAUGUAUGAGAACUUCGUGGAGGAGGUGGAUGCAGUGGAUAAUGGGAUCUCCCAAUGGGAGGGGGGAGAGCCUCGAUAUGCGCUGACCACUACGCUGAGUGCCCGGGUUGCUCGGCUUAAUCCCACCUGGAACCAGCCCAACCAAGACACUGAGGCUGGAUUCAAGCGUGCAAUGGAUCUGGUUCGAGAGGAGUUUCUGCAGAGACUAGACUUCUACCAGCACAGCUGGCUACCUGCCCGGACCUUGGUGGAAGAGGCCCUGGCCCAGCGAUUACAGGUGGACCCAAGUGGGGAGAUAAUAGAACUGGCAAAAGGUGGAUGCCCCUGGAAAGAGCACCUUUAUCACUUGGAAUCUGGGCUAGUACCCCCAGUGACCAUCGCCUUUGUUAUCUACACUGACCAGGCUGGACAGUGGCGGGUACAGUGUGUGCCCAAGGAGCUCCAUUCAUUCCAGAGCAGGCUGCCUCUGCCAGAGUCAUGGCGAGGUCUUCGGGAUGAGGCUCUGGAUCAAGUCAGUGGAAUUCCUGGCUGCGUCUUUGUCCAUGCCAGCGGCUUCAUUGGUGGGCACCACACACGAGAGGGUGCCUUGAGCAUGGCCCGUGCCACCUUGGCCCAGCGCCCAGCACCUAUGCCUCCCACAAAUCCCCUCAUCCAAUAAAAUUUCUUCCAUCUCA